AUGUACGCCAAAGAAAUAUAUGGCAGCAGUAUACCUCAGAAAGAAGAAGAGAGAAGCAUAAGAAAAGGUCCAUGGUCUAGCGACGAAGACUCAAAACUCAUAAAUUAUAUAGCUAUCCAUGGCGAAGGAGGAUGGGAAGCCCUCUCCUGUAACGCAGGGUUGAGGCGUACAGGUAAGAGCUGCAGAUUAAGAUGGUUGAACUACUUGAAUCCAAAUGUUCGACGAGGAAACAUCACUCCUCAAGAACAACUUUUUAUCAUAGAGCUACGCUUGCGCUAUGGAAAUCGGUGGACACAGAUUGCGAAAAGGUUACCAGGAAGAACUGAUAACGAAAUAAAGAACCACUGGAGAACAAUUAUCAAAAAGCAAGCAAAGCAGCUAAAAUGCGACGUGAAUAGUAUACAAUUUCUCGACAUCAUGCGCUCUAUGUGGCUUCCAAGAAUAAUGGAGGAACAAAUGCAUCCCAUUACCGAAGUUAAUUCAGAAUCCCAAUCCCAGUCAAGUAGUACUGACUUUGAUCGCACCAAUUGCCAGAGGCAGAAAUUAAUGACAGAUUCUGAAAUCCUUCAAACUGGGGCCAUGGCGGUGGAAAUGAAUUGCGAAGCGAACAUGUCCGAUGUUUCAGUACUAGAUAAUGUCGAAGAUGUUAACUGGAAUGGUGAUCCUUUAUCUGUGCAGAGUUUUGGCCCUGAAUUGGGGUAUUACCCUUUCUACUAUGGGUUCGACGGAAAUGAGAACCGAGACGACUGGUUAAGUUCCGAGGAUUCAUUUACAAUGUCGUUAAAUGAUGAAGGCUUCUGGGUUUCUACAUCAACGGGUUUCAAUCAGUUUUGAAAGUGUAUCACGUUCAUAAAAUCAUAGUCUAGUAAAUCAGCAAUAUAGUCUUGAAGGAAAAAUCUAUGUCAACAUGAAAAAAAAGUUUA